AUGGCCGCGGCGCCGCACGUCGUCAUCCUCACGAGCUCCGGCUUGGGCCACGUCCUCCCGGUUUCCGAGCUGGCGAAGCGCCUCGCCGUGCACCACGGCUUCACCGUCACAAUCGUCACUUACGCCAGCCUGUCCACGCCCGGCCACUCCUCGCCGCUCGCCUCCCUCCCGCCGGGCGUCUCCGUCGCCGCGCUCCCGGAGGUGUCCAUCGACGACCUCCCCGCCAACGCGCACUUGGUGACUCGCAUCCUCACCGUCAUCAGUCGCGCCCUGCCAGCGCUACGCGACCUACUACGCUCCCUCCUCGACCUCCCAGCGGGGAUCACCGCCUUGGUGACCGACAUGCUUUGCCCCGCCGCGCUCGCCGUCGGCAAGGAGAUGGGUCUGCCUGGGUACGUCUUCUACACCUCUAGCCUCAUGUCUCUGUUAUCGUUUCUCUACAUCCCGGAGCUCGCCAGGACCACCACCUGCGAGUGUCGCGACCUCCCGGAGCCCGUGCUGCUCCCCGGGUGCGUGCCGCUACACGGCGCCGAUCUCCUCGAGCCCCUCCAGAACCGCUCCGACCCCGUGUACCGGCUCAUGAUCGAGCUCGGGCGGAACUACCUCCUCGGGGAAGGCUUCAUCAUCAACACCAUGGACGCGUUGGAGCACGAGACGCUGCUGGCGUUCAAAGAGCUUUCUGACAAGGGCGUCUACCCGCCAGCGUAUGCUGUGGGUCCAUUCACCCGGCGGCGGUGCCCCGACUCCAACGAGGCUAAGCACAGCUGCUUACGGUGGCUGGACAACCAGCCGGAUGGCUCGGUCUUGUACGUGUCCUUCGGCAGCGGCGGCACGCUGUCCACGGCGCAGACGGCCGAGCUGGCGGCUGGGCUAGAGACGAGCGGACAGAGGUUCCUCUGGGUGGUGCACCACCCCAACGACAAGGACAGCAGCGCGGCCUACCUCGGCACUGCCGCUACCGACACCGACCCGCUGAGCUAUCUGCCGGACGGGUUCGUCGAGAGGAUGAACGGUACAGGGCUCCUUGUGCCACUGUGGGCGCCACAGGUGGAGAUCCUUAACCACGUCGCCAUGGGAGGGUUCAUGUCUCAUGGCGGAUGGAACUCCACGCUGGAGACCGUGGCGGCAGGCGUGCCGAUGGUGGCGUGGCCGCUCUACGCAGAGCAGAGGAUGAACGCAGUGAUGCUGUCAUCGGAUCGGGUGGGCCUGGCUUUGUGGGAGAGGCCUCCCCUCGGUAAGGACGGAGCGGUUGUCGCGCUGGAGGAGGUGGCGGUGCUGGUCAGAGAGCUUAUGGAAGGGGAGAAGGGUGCCGCGGCGCGGAAAAAGGCCGGUCACCUCCAGGAUGAGGCCGAGAUUGCUUCGGCGCCGGGCGGGCCGCAGGAUCGAGCUCUCGCGAUAGUGGCUGACAUGGUAUCCUUGCAUCGGAGGAGCCACGAAAUGAAGAUAGUACGGCAAAAUUUCAACCCAAAAUAG